AUGGAGCUGCGUUCGGAGCUGCCCAGCGUGCCCGGCGCGGCGACCGCGGCAGCGACAGCUACGGGGCCACCCGUGGCAUCAGUGGCGUCGGUGGCAGCGGCUGCAGCAGCGGCCGCGUCGCUACCAGUAAGUGUGGCAGGAGGCUUGCUGCGGGCGCCGCCGCUGUUGUUGAGGGCGGCGGAGAAGUACCCGCGGACCCCCAAGUGCGCACGCUGCCGCAACCACGGCGUGGUGUCGGCACUCAAGGGCCACAAGCGCUACUGCCGUUGGAAGGACUGCUUAUGCGCCAAGUGUACGCUCAUCGCGGAGCGCCAGCGCGUCAUGGCUGCACAGGUGGCUUUGCGCAGGCAGCAGGCGCAAGAGGAGAACGAAGCGCGCGAGCUGCAACUGCUUUAUGGCACUGCCGAGGGCCUGGCGCUGGCAGCCGCCAAUGGAAUCAUCCCACCACGGCCGGCCUACGAGGUCUUUGGCUCAGUGUGCGCGGCGGACGGUGCAGGGCCAGGAACCGGAGCGCCCGCAGGGACCGGAGGUAGCUCAGCGGGCUCCGGGGGAUCAGAAGCCAAGUUGCAGAAGUUUGACCUGUUCCCCAAGACACUGCUUCAGGCAGGCCGCCCGGGCAGCCCACAGCCACCGCAGGUGAAGCCCUUAUCGCCCGACGGCGCAGACUCGGGUCCCGGGACCUCGUCCCCAGAGGUUCGGCCUGGUUCAGGCUCGGAGAACGGCGACGGCGAGUCCUUUUCCGGGUCGCCCAUUGCCCGGGCCUCCAAGGAGGCUGGUGGCAGCUGCUCAGGUAGCGGGGGCCCUGGGGGCGGCGGCGAGGAGGACAGUCCGGGCUCCUCCAGCCCUCUGGGUUCCGAAUCCGGUUCCGAGGCUGACAAAGAAGAGGCCGAGGUUGCGCCGACUCCAGGGCUGGGCGGAGGCCCGGGUUCACGGCAGCGGACACCGCUGGACAUCUUGACACGCGUCUUCCCGGGCCACCGGCGAGGAGUCCUGGAGCUGGUGUUGCAGGGCUGCGGCGGCGACGUGGUCCAGGCUAUCGAGCAAGUGCUGAACCACCACCGUGGAGGCCUGGCGGCCAGCCUGGGCCCCACUGGGAUCCCGGAUAAGGCUGCAGUGGGUGCAGCAGCAGCUGCAGACGACGCGUGGCCGGGCCGCGUGGACGCCGCGGCCGCCGGGGGGCCGCUGCCUGCACCGUUGCAGGCUGGGCCCGCCGCACCCCCGCACCACAGACCCUUGCUGGCCGGCGCCAUGGCACCCGGGGCGUUGGGCUCGCUGAGCAGUCGCUCGGCCUUCUCGCCACUGCAACCCAAUGCCAGUCACUUUGGCGCGGAUGCGGGCGCCUACCCACUGGGUGCGCCUCUUGGCCUGAGCCCAUUGCGCCUGGCCUACUCCGCAGCCGCAGCACACAGUCGUGGCCUGGCCUUCAUGGCACCCUACUCCACCGCAGGCCUGGUGCCCACGCUCGGUUUCCGCCCGCCUAUGGACUACGCUUUCAGCGAUCUCAUGCGUGACCGCUCGGCAGCAGCCGCAGCGGCUGUGCACAAGGAGCCGACCUAUGGUGGCGGCCUAUAUGGGCCUAUGGUCAAUGGCGCCCCAGAGAAGCAGUAG